AUGUUGCAGGUGUUUUGCUUCAAGACAAAAACGUCACGCAAGUGUUGGAUAGAAAACACGUUCUACAAGAGAGAGUGUGUGAAGUUCAUCCCAGCAUGUCGAGAUCUCCACAGAUGCUAUCCCGUGUGUCAAGUGUGCCAGAACCUAAUAAGAUGCUGCUGUGGUCGUCUGCUGGGGGAACACACUUGGCUGGACGCGGGCCCCCCCCUCUCCCUCUCUGUUGGGGCGGGUGAGGAGGAGAGCUGGUCGGUACAGCAGCACACUAGGACCAGCACCACCGAUGCCUACGGAACCAUCGAGUUCCAGGACAGCGCCAAACGAGCCUGCCGGGCCAAGUACGUCCGUGUUGCCGUGGACACCAAGGCGGAGGCCCUGCUCCAGCUGAUGCUCAGGGAGUGGCAGAUGGUCAGACCCAAGCUUCUCCUCUCCGUCCACGGGGGGGCUGAGAACUUCUCCCUGCCCCCUAAAGUCAAGCAGGCCUUCAGCAGGGGCCUGGUCAAGGCUGCCCAGAGCACUGGAGCAUGGAUACUCACGGAUGGCAUCAACACAGGUGUGUCCCGGUACGUGGGAGAGGCCCUGAAGGCCCACGACAGCCUGGACCUCCGCAGAAGGAACACCCUGGGGAUCAUCCCCUGGGGCGUGGUGGAGGACCACUGGGAGCUCAUCGGCCCAGACCUUCUCAAGCCCUACCAGCCCCUUCUGGAAAACCCCCUGAGCAAGCGUGCGUUCCUGAACGGCCUGCACUCCCACUUCCUGUUGGUGGACGAUGGAACUCUGGGUAAAAAUGGCUGCCAGCGGGAGUUCAGGAGGAGGCUGGAGAGACACAUUCAGACGCAGAAGAUCCACCCCAGGAUGAAGCAGGGGGUGCCCACGGUGUGCGUGGUGGUGGAGGGCGGCCCUGGCCUCGUCGCCACGGUGCUCGACUACGUGAGCAGCGUGCCUCCCGUGCCAGUCUUGGUCUUCGAGGGGUCGGGCAGGGCGGCCGACCUGCUGGCCUUCCUCCACAAGCAGACAGCCCUAGAUAGACAGCUGGACGCCGACAUCCAGGAAGACCUCCUGGUGAGGAUCGAGGGCGUGUUUGGACUGGAGAGCGACGAGGCGGCCCAACUCUGCGGCGUGCUCAUGGAGUGCAUGGAGCACCGCCAGUCUAUCACAAUUUUUGACUCGGAGUCGGAGGAGCACCAGGAGCCGGACAUAGCCAUACUGACCACCACUCUGAAAGGAACCAAGGCCAGUCCAGCGUCACAGCUGAGCAUGACCCUGGCAUGGGACCGGGCGGACAUUGCCAACACACACGUCCUGGUGUAUGGACAGCACUGGCAGGUGGGCUCUCUGGAGCAGGCCAUGCUGAACGCUCUGCUCAUGGACCGCGUGGCCUUCGUCAAGCUGCUCAUUGACCACGGCAUGACCAUGAACCACUUCCUGUCUGUGGAGAGGCUGGAGCAGCUCUACAACACUCCAAAGGGAGUGACAGACAACUUCCUCCGUCACCUCGUGGAAGAUGCUAAACAGACUCAUCUCCCGGCAGGAUACAAGCUCUCCAUCAUCGACGUAGGCAUGGUGAUCGAGUACCUGAUGGGCGGGGCCUAUCGUAGCUCCUACACACGCAAGCAGUUCCGGGCGGCGUACGACCGCCUUCACGAACCGGUUCGGGAUGGGACGGGACCCCCGACCAAGGGGAGGAGGCCGGCCCCCCCCCCCCCCUCAGCCAGGCCCCGGCACCACCGACCCCCGGGACCCUCCCACUUCUACCGCACGGCGAAGCCGUACGAGCGCAAGGAAAAGGGCGUGGUUUCGGGGGAGCCGAAGGAGACCCCUCCCCAGCGGCGGGACGACUCCCGUCUGUUUGUUUACAACUUCAACGACCUGUUUGUGUGGGCCGUGCUGCAGCGGCGCCAGCAGAUGGCGCUGUUCCUGUGGCGGCACGGCGAGGAGGCCCUGGCCCGCACCACCGUGGCCUGCAAGCUGUACCGCUCCAUGGCCCUGGAGGCUCGGCAGAGCCACAUGGCCGACAGCAUCGCCGACGAGUUCAAGACCUAUUCCAUGGAGUUCGGACAGCUGGCCGUGGACCUGCUCGACUGCGCCUUCCGACAGAACGCCCACAUGGCCAUGAAGCUGCUCACCUCCGACAUGGAGUGCUGGAGCCACUUCACCUGUCUCCAGGUGGCCGUGUCCUGCCGCCUGCGAAUUGUGUCCCACUCCUGCACCCAGGCGCUCCUCACCGACCUGUGGACCGGCCGGCUCAACAUGAGGAAGAACUCCUACUUCAAGAUCAUCCUCGGUCUCCUCCUGCCCCCUGCCAUCCUGCUGCUCGAGUUCAAGAGCCCCGCCCAGAUGUCCCACGUGCCCCAAUCGCAGGAGGCGAUGCAGUUUGGGUGGGACUCUGCUAAGCCAAUGACAGCCAAGGAGACAGGAGAAAAGGGUGUGGCCGACGCAGAGAAGGGGAGGACAUCCGACCCAGUGCCCGGCUCCUUCCGGGCCUCGUCCUAUUGGCUGCGCUGGACCAGGAAGUUCUACGAGUUCUACACGGCUCCAGUCGUCAAAUUCUGGUUCCACACGAUGUCCUACCUGGUGUUCCUCAUGCUGUUCGCCUACAUGGUGCUGGUGAAGCUGGAGGACCGGCCCAGCUGGCCAGAGUGGCUGGUGAUCGCCUACAUCCUGUCCACCGCCCUGGAGAAGACCCGUGAGGUGAUGAUGUCAGAGCCCAGGCAGCCGAUCAAGAAGCUGCGGGUGUGGUUCGGCGAGUUCUGGAACGUUCUGGACCUGCUGGCCAUCCUGCUCUUCCUGUCCGGCCUGGUCCUGCGCUGUCAGGGGGGCGAGCUCCGCACCGCGGGCCGCAUCAGCUACUGCUUGGACAUCAUCUUCUGGUCCGUCCGAGUGCUGGACCUCCUGGCCCUCAACCAGUACGCCGGACCCUACCUCACCAUGAUCACCAAGAUGACCAGAGACAUGUUCUACAUUGUGGUGAUGAUGGCCAUCGUGUUGCUGAGUUUCGGGGUGUCCAGGAAAGCCAUCCUAUCCCCUGACGAGGAGCCUUCCUGGCGCCUGGCCCAGGACGUGGUGGACCAGCCCUACUGGAUGAUGUUCGGGGAGGUUUAUGCCGGGGAGAUAGAUGCAUGUGAAGGGGGCAAGCCCUGCCCCCCUGGUUCCUUCAUCACUCCCUUCCUCCAGGCUGUUUAUCUUUUUGUCCAGUACAUCAUCAUGGUCAACCUCCUCAUCGCAGUUUUUAACAACGUCUACUUCAACAUGAAGUCCAUCUCCAACAAGGUGUGGAAGUACAACCGCUACCGCUACCUCAAAACCUAUCAGGAGAGGCCUUGGCUGCCCCCGCCCUUCAUCAUCCUCAGUCACAUGACCCAGUGUGUGAGCGCCAUUUACCGCAAGCACCGGGGCACCCCCGGACAGGAGGGAGACUCCGGACUCAAGUUGUACUUGGGGCGAGAGGACCUGAAGAAGCUUCACGAGUUUGAGGAGAGGUGCGUGGAGAUCCACAUCCACGAGAAGAACCACGCUCUCCUCGGCAGCCAGGCCAACCGGAUCAGAGCCACGUCCGAACGGGCUGAGGAGAUGGCGGAGGUGGCCCUGGAGGUGUCCGAGAAGGUCCACUUCAUCCAGGACAGCCUGCAGGUUCUCGACGACCAGCUGGGUCAGCUCCAGGACAUGUCGGCCCUGGCGGUGGACACCCUCACCCUCCUCUCCGCCUCCGACAGCCUGCAGCAGGAAGAGGCGCGGCUCGCCCACUGGCAGCCGAUCGCGCGCUCCCGCCACCUCCCCCACAGCUGCACCCUCCCCCGGGGGGCCGGGGGGGACGUCACCCCGUCUUGCGCGCCCAAAGCCUACCUCAGCAGCCCUCCCUCCCUGCUGAGGGCCGUCGGGCCCGGGGGCCGACGCUUGUCGAUGGAGUGGCACGCGUCCGGCUGGGGGGGCCGGGCGCGCGGGGGUGGGCGUACGGAGGAGGUGGAGGAGGAUGUGCCCAGGCCCUCCCAGAGCGAGGUGAGGCCCCUGGGCUCCCUCUCCCACCUGGCCGUGGGCUGGAGGGACCAGACCCCCCGUGGCUCCAGCAAGCCCUCGCCCUCCGGGUCUCUGCCCUCCCUCUGGCCUGGAGAGGGCGGUCUGGAGACCCUCACCCAACCCUGCACCUGCGACGCCCCCGAGCAGGUGUCCAGUGCUGACAUCUCUAGGGGCUCCAGCCAGGCUGUCCUGUUGCCUGGGCUCAGGGACGACAGAGGGGGUUGUGGUGGAGGGCUGGUCAAUCCCGCCUUCUGCAUGGACGCCGACCAAUCAGGAACCUUGCGGUACAUCCGGCACGGCCAAUGGGGUCGGACCAGGAGCAAUUGUUCUCGCUGGGCGUGGCGCUGCAGGGACCGCCCCUACGACCACUGCCGCUCGCUGUCCGCUAGCGUCGAGAACAUGGUGCUCUCUGGCGCCCCCCUCAGCCCGCUGCGGGGCUCCUUCCCUGCCCUCAACGGACCAAUGAACAGCGACAGCCUCCCUGGGAGGAGGAGCCUUAAAGAUGACACGCCCCUCGGCCUCAGCAAGAGCAGAGAGUGGUCCCAGUCCUCCGACCUGUGUGCAGCCCCAGGCAGCAGAUGCAGGACCCUGCAGAAGAAGACCGUCAAGAUCCAGGAGGACGGCGACAACGCCGUGGACAUGCAGGCGCACCUCUCACCCAUGUCCCGGAAGAGGAGGAGGCAGGGGGAAACGCCAUGCUGGUCGGCCUCGACCAGCCUCAGCCAACUCAAUUUCGAGCCAAUGGAUUUGCUGCAUAAAUUAUCCUCUCCACUUCAGAGCUCCAGGAGUCCCAGUCACUCCGUGUGGAACAGCUGGGCCAAGACUCACAGCCGCCGCUCAUCACUACAGAGUUGGAUGGGCCUUGACGCCAAGACCUUCCAGUCCAGCGAGGACUUGGAUCCACACUACUCAGCUAUGGAGAGAAACAAUUUGAUGAGACUGGCUCACACCAUCCCCUUCACCCCGGUCUCCUUCCUGGGUGAGUCAACCUUCUGCCAGCCUUCAUGUGACAGCCAGGUCAAAGGUGACCGCUUCAGGAAGAUAGCGCUAGCUUCCACUGGGUUAUGCCAAUGUUAAAAGAUGAGUUGCUUUUGGAUAAGCUUGGCUCAGGUCCAGGUACGAGAUUCGCCUAGUGACAAGAUUUGUAUUGCAAUGCUAAGAUCCAAGGGUUAGAUGAUGUAGAUAACAUGGCUGUCAGGGACUGGGAGAGCAUUUGCACGGGAACACUGUCUUCCAUCC